CACAUGACUGCAUUUCCCGGCGCUCUACAGCACGCAAGCGCAGAUCGUGUCGCUCUGCUGUGGUAAACAGACGUCAGAAGGGAGUCUUCGCGUCGAGUCAAAACAAAACAAAAAAACUGAGAGGAAUGAGAAUUUUGCUGUACACUCAGGCAGUGUAAGAACACCGAGUACUGAAAAGGACAGUCGUCGAAAAGAAGAGAUACGAGAGUAUCAUUUGACAACUUCUUGGAUAUUAACUCCAAAAUAGCUGGCGCCGGCUAACGUUAGCAAGCUAACAGUUUGUCAUGUUGAAAGAGACGCGUUUUAGUUUUGCCUGAGAGCCCGUGAACUGAAUGAGAAGUGUCGGAGAGCCGUGGUGUGUCCUCCUGGCGUGAGAUAUUCACUGGAUGGGACUGAAAAUACGUUUGGAAGACUAGAGGAACGCAUAGAAAGGCGCUUCUGUGCGACCUGUGCCAGCGCGAGUGACCAUCGCGUCUCCAGAAACAUGGCAGACUGUGGCACGCGCCAGCGCGCGGCGUAGAGCGGCGUGCGGUCCCGAACCCAAACAAGGAUUUGCUUAUUUCCUUGUCUGUUAUGACCGGCAUGAACAAACUGUCCAGGAUGGUUUUGGUUUCACCGCUGCUACUGGACGAUUGAGUGAAUGUCAGUUUUUUAGUUCGCAAUUCCUAAAUAUAUGUUUAUGUAGCCUCCUUAAAAUAAUUUCGCUGGCUAUUACAGUACAUUUCAUUGGACGGAGUAGGGUGAGCGAACCGAAUAAAUUAUUGUCGCCUGGGGAACCAUUGUACCUAAUGUCUACAUUUCUUAGCUAGUUUAUUGUAUUUAGAUAUCUACAGUUUUAUACCUUUUUAUUAUAGCGGCUUUUAUUUCAACAAGUUUUUUGAAGUUAAUCCAUAACUGGCAGACGCCUGGGCUAAUUGGACAACACCGGAUAAAGUGAACGUCGCAAUUUCUUUUCAUUUUCUAAUCAACAUCGUUUUCGUAUUUCUUUAGGUGAUAGAGGUAUUCCCUGUUUACGGAAUGUACUAAACUUGUUUACAUCGGAGCAAAGACUGAAGGCCGUAGUUCGCGUACAUCCUAUGUAAUAAUCAUCUAUUCUGGUCCGUGUUUCUGUCGUACUACUAUUUGCGCUAUAGUACAUGAACACUGGGUUUAAGCUAUUUUUAUGUAACUUGAUAUUUCGACGGUCACAAAAACUUGACGUUGAAAAGUUAAUUUUAUCCAAAUGUAAUACAUUCGAUUAUAUUUGAGGGAUUGCUCUAAGUGUUUUAUGUAAAGUUCCUUUAUGAAACGUAUGUUGUAGGUUAGUCUUUUUGCAGAAAUAGAAAUGCGCAACCCAUUAUUAUAGUUAAAGGAUUUUCUGCUGUCUGAGCGUUUUUUCGUACUGUUAAUUACGUCUGGUCUACUGGGGGAUGUCCAGAUGUUUUGAUGUGCAUUCCUCCUCGAAUUUCCUUUGUUCUUUUUAGAUAAACAAAAUAAUCCCAGUUCCAGGCGCGUUUUAGACGGUAAAUCUGGAGGUUUUAGCUGGGUACUAUUAAGGAGAUUAUUUGGUCCUUUUAAUCUCCAAUCGGAGGAUUACCCGACGCUAUAUUGGUGUGUGCAGAUUAUUUUGAUUCUUUUCUGACCGCCACUAGCCUAUUAUUAGUAUCUAGAGCACCGGACCGCGGCGUUCGAAUAAUGGACUUGACUUUUAACUGCAAUUAAGACGGAACGAUGCGCUAUGGCCGUUUACCAGAUGGCAGUUAUCCUAGAUAUCGCCUGAGGGGAAUGUACCAGCUUAUAAGCAUGUUUUGAAACACUACCAAACAGACAUCGCGAGUGAUUGUGAGGGCUAAAAUAAUUUAUGCGUUUUGAACGCUACUUUGGAUGGUUUUUAAGUUGAGUUAAUAAAUAUAUAACGUUUUGUUGGAAACGUAAAACGAAAUAUUUGACUUUCGCUGAAGAAAAUUAUCAAAGAGAAGUUGAAGAUGGAAGAAGAAAAGGCACCCCCUAUAGACCCGGACUUUGCUCCUCAGACCCGACCGAGGUCUUGCACAUGGCCGCUGCCUAGACCCGAUAUUUCGACUGUCAAACAGGAGGGGGCGGACAGUACGGACUCUACUGGUACUCCACCAGCAGAAGAAGAUAAACAGGAGCCUCCGCCAAUCACAUCAGAGCCUGAGAAAACUGCCGUUUCAGAGGGCGGGGCUUCUGGUGGUGUGGGCGGAGCCACUCCGCGAAAGGGAUCCUCCCGGCGAAAUGCCUGGGGGAACCAGUCCUAUGCAGACUUAAUCAGUCAGGCCAUUGAGAACUCACCUGAGAAACGCCUCACUUUGGCACAAAUAUAUGACUGGAUGGUCAAAACUGUGCCCUACUUCAAAGAUAAAGGGGACAGCAACAGUUCAGCCGGGUGGAAGAACUCCAUUCGUCACAACCUGUCCCUCCACAACAAGUUCCUGCGCGUGCACAACGAGUCGACUGGAAAGAGCUCAUGGUGGAUGCUGAACCCCGAGGGGGGCAAGACUGGGAAGGCCCCCCGCCGGCGUGCCGCUUCUAUGGACAACAGCAAACUGCUAAAGAGUCGCAUGCGUGCCAAGCAGACGAAGAAGCAGGCAGGGGCAGCAGGGGGUCCUGGAAUGGGUGGUGGAGCCCUGCCAGGCGAAGGGGGUACUGGGCCAGGAGGGGCAGACAGCCCUGGGUCCUCCCAGCCAUAUCCUAAGUGGGGGGUAAACAGCAGUAGCCCCUCAUCACGUGGCAGCCUGGAUGAUCCGGAUAUGUGGACCAGCUUUCGGCCACGGAGCAGCUCCAAUGCCAGCACGCUGAGUGGCCGUCUGUCACCCAUUGCCCCAGGCAAGGAGGACGAGGAUGACCUUCCGGAAGAUGGACUGCUGGGGGGCUAUUCUUCAAACAGUGUGCCCCCCACCCUCACAGAGACCCUCCUGGAGGAGCUGGACCUGAUCGAUGGGUUAACAUUGAUGACUGCACAACAGGGUGGGGCCAGCCCCAGCACAGCACCCCCAGCACCACCCACCCCACUGCCCUCUGCCACCACCUUGCUAGCCCGUAGUCCUGGCUUUAGUACCUACCGGUCAUUGCAGACCCCCCAAGCUCCCCAAGUCAGUGCAGCCUCCCCUCAGGGUGGGGCACAGGUGCCUGUUCAGCAAGCACCUCCCUCCAAAUCCACUCCUGCCACCUCCAACUUUGGCAACUCCCUGUUCAACCCAAUGCCAAGCCCCGGGACUCAAGCCGGCCACUUUGGUGUGCAUGUGCCCUCGAGUCUGGAGGCUCUGCUGACUUCUGACUCGCCACCGCCAAGCGACGUCAUGAUGACCCAGGUGGACCCGCUGAUGCCGAGCCAGGGCGGGGCUGGGUUGCUGGGCCUGGGGCCAAACCUGGGGCCUGGCGCUCAAGGCAGCCAGCUCUUCUUGGGGAAAACCCUCCAGCAGAGCCCAGUGGCAGCCAUGACUCAGCAGCAGCAGGCCCAGCUGGCAUUAAGCAUGCUGCACCCUAGCAUGAGCCAAGACCCCCUUCAGCUUACCCAGGGCCCUCCCCCUUUUGACAGUGAUAACAGGGGUGUCCAGGGAAUGGGUCCAUUUGGGGGCCAGGGCUCCUUUCUGCCAAGCCAUGACCGGCUGCCCACUGACCUCGACAUUGACAUGUUCACAGAGAGCCUUGACUGCGAUGUGGAUUACAUCAUCAACAGCGACCUCAUGGAUGGAGAGGGCAUCGACUUCAACUUCGACCCCAUACCAACUCCAGGGCAGGCAUACUCAGGCCCAGCUACGACACAGGGCUCCUCCCACAACUGGGUGCCCAGCUAAGUUUCCAGUGGCACUUGCAGCUGAUGCAGGAUGGCGCUCCUCAUCAAAAGUGACCUGGCCCUAUGAUGGAAGAGAUCGCUGGGCGCUAAAACGGAUUCAUCUGUCCACUCCUUCCACCCACCCCAAUACUGCCAUCGUACCUCUGACUUGGAAGCUCUACCGUCUUUACAAGGCUGAAAGCAAGACACAGUACUUGGACUUGGCCAAAUUCUUUAACGAUAAUAUUUUGUAUAGUUUUUUUUUCCCUUAUGCUUCAUUAUUAUUAUUAGCAGGAUUAAAUCAGACCUCACCUCACCUCAUGUCAUGUGCCAAUUGGAAUAUGUUACUCUCGGAAAAGGGAGGACUUUGAAGACCUAAGCAGGAGGACUUUUUUUCUUCUCAUGAAUCAUUUUAAUGGAUUGCUUUUUCCCCUUACUUGUGUUCUUUUGAAGUGUCGGGUGUUUUUCUUUUCCAGUUUACUGAGAUGAUUAAGGGUAAGAGAAGGAAAAAACAUGGUAUAACAUUGGAGCACAUGCAACAGUGGUGCUUUUAUUAUUUUGUUAUUGUAGUAGUGAUAGGAGUAUGGAUCAUGACAUGCUUGACCUGCCUUUCACUCUUAUUCUGAUGGAAAAACAAACAAUACAGUGAAAAUCAACAAACGAAUGAGAACAAAACAUACGGCCAGUUACUCCUCCAAAAAGUAAGACUGCCUCUGUGUACAGUUCCAGGACACUGUCAGUUUUUGCGGUUUUGGAGUCCCGGUCCGGGAUGCAGCGUGGCGAGGCUCAGAGGUUCCAGGCAGUUUUGUGUCGGCCUUCACACCAGAGCCCGGUGCCCUGCAGUAGCAGCAAUGAGGAAGAAGACACCUGGAAAUGGUGUCUGCUAGGAGCUUGGGGAGCAGAUAUUGAGUAGCAGAGUGCAGCAUGGGUUGGGAUUUCAAUACUUCUGUGGUACGGGAAGUUUAAAAAAAAAAAAAUCUUUGAUUUCAAAGGGGUUUGGGGUGGGGAGGGGAAAGAUGGACGGUUUAGCAAUAUUUUGCAGUUUUAUGACAGCUUGGCUGACUAAUUUGGGCUUCACACUUGUGCUGGCUAUGGCGGCCAGCUCUACCAUGCCAGACUUUGCAGGUGUGCGUGUUUGUGGCAUGUUGAUGUGUUUAGAUGGUUUUCUUCUGAGUUUUGGUGCACAGUUAACAGUUUACUGAGAUGAAGAAAAAUGUGACUUGCAGAACUGUUAUGAAGAGGUGUGCUGGGACAGUAUUUGAUUUGUCAGAGUCAGCCAGCCCGUGAUUGGCUGGCUUUGACGCUCCGAUCUGUGAUACAGUAUGCCAUGCCUCUCUCGGGAAAGAAACCUUUAGAUGUUUGCACAGGUGAGGAUGUGUUUAUGAACAUCUGCUAGAAGAAGAAGCUUCUAGAGCUGAACUCCAGUAAUCUAUUCAAAAUAGAAAUAAAAGAACCAGACAUUUCAACAAAUUAAAAAAAUUCUUUGUGAUAUUCAAUCCCUAUAUAUUAAAACAAAACUAAACAAAAAGGUACCAUUUUAUGCUUGAAGCUUUUUAUAUAUUUUUAAAAGUGGACAACUCCUGAGUUUUCCACUCCUCUUAAAAUGGGGGAUUAAUAUGAAAAUAUUUUCUAUCACUGAUGAGUUUUUUUGUGUACUAACUUUUUGUAAGAAAUUAACAGUGUAAAAGAACAUAAAAUAUAUUUGAUUAUAGUUUUAAUAUACAACGCAGAUGACACAUUAGUUGAGUAUCAUUAACAUAUAAAUGUAUUACUAAGCAAGACAAACAUUUUAAAUGUUUUAAAUUAGAAGAAAGAAUUUGAGAUCAUUUUAACGGUCAUUUUCUAUAUAUUCUUUUAUUUUUGUAAAAGAUGAAAUGCAUGUAGAUUUUCUAUGUAACCAAAGGAACACUAAGAACUAUCAUACUCAUUUUGUCAGGGAGGAAAAGUAUUUCAGUGCAGAUAAGCUUCUCAAAAGGAAUUUGUUUAGUAACUGUCACCUAUAAGCAAAACAAAGAAGCAGAGGAAGCAGGCAGAAGUGAUCAGCAUUAAGAGGGUCAAUAUUUCGUACUUUUUUUUUGCCUUCUCUCGUGUAACUCUGAACAAAUGUGCCAGGGUUUGUUUACUUUUAAGAAUUGCCUAGGAUGAGCGGGCAACAAAAAAUUCCACCAGUUCAAAUUAGCUAAGAGAGUGGGGGUAAAAAAUAUAUAGAUGGGUGUUUUGGCAGAUGUGGCCCUUGGGCCCAGGAACUACAAAAAAAAUACCCACUUCUGGUAACCUCUGGAGUGUUAUCUGCCCAGG